CUCUCGCGGUCCCUCCUCUCCUCUUUUCUUCCGCCCUCCCACCUCGUUCUCUCCGCCGCCGCCGCCGCCGCCGCCGCCUACGCCCACCAAACCACACCCUUCCCUCUCCUUAUAAACACACAACCUCAACACCACAGCUACCGCCUCUCUGCCACGAGAUCCCAACGCCCCCGUCCCUCCCAAUGGCAGCCGCAUCCUCGCUGCACGCCGCCGCACCGGCCGCGACCCCCUGCGCCGGCCUCACAUCCACCCCGGCGGCGAGGACCCUGCGCUUGGUGACGGCGGCGAGGAGGUCGGGCGCGGGCCGCGGCAGGCUGAUUGCGCGUGCGGCAGUUGCGGUAAAGGCGGAUGCGCCCUUGAGCGCGGCAGCCUCCAAGUCUGAAGGUCAUGAGCUCUUGUUGUUUGAGGCUCUUCGCGAGGCCUUGAUAGAAGAGAUGAAAUUGGAUCCAACAGUGUGCGUAUUUGGUGAAGAUGUUGGUCAUUAUGGUGGUUCUUACAAGGUGACCAAAGGUUUGGCUGAGAUGUUUGGAGACCUCCGAGUCCUUGAUACCCCUAUUGCUGAGAACUCAUUUACUGGCAUGGGAGUUGGAGCAGCAAUGAAAGGGUUGAGGCCUGUUGUUGAAGGCAUGAACAUGGGCUUCCUCCUCCUUGCUUACAACCAGAUCUCAAACAACUGUGGCAUGCUUCAUUACACUUCUGGUGGCCAGUUCAAAAUCCCGCUUGUGAUCCGUGGCCCUGGUGGUGUUGGUCGUCAGCUUGGAGCGGAGCACUCACAGCGUCUGGAGUCGUAUUUUCAGUCAAUCCCUGGCCUGCAAAUGGUUGCCUGCUCAACUCCUUACAAUGCUAAAGGUCUAAUGAAAGCUGCCAUCAGGAGUGAGAACCCUGUGGUGCUAUUUGAGCACGUCCUUCUGUACAACUUGAAGGAGAAAAUUCCCGACGAGGAAUAUGUGCUAUGCUUGGAGGAGGCUGAGAUGGUGCGGCCUGGCGAGCAUGUGACUAUCCUCACAUACUCGCGUAUGAGAUACCAUGUGAUGCAGGCUGCAAAGACUUUAGUGAACAAAGGGUACGACCCUGAAGUCAUUGACAUCAGGUCGUUGAAGCCGUUUGAUCUGCACACGAUUGGCAACUCCAUUAAGAAGACCCACCGUGUGCUGAUUGUGGAGGAGUGCAUGCGCACGGGUGGGAUCGGAGCCAGCCUGAGAUCGGCCAUCAUCGACAACUUCUGGGACUAUCUUGAUGCCCCCAUCAUGUGCUUGUCCUCACAGGAUGUGCCGACGCCAUACGCUGCAACACUGGAGGAUGCGACCGUCGUGCAGCCUGCCCAGAUCGUGGCUGCUGUCGAGCAAAUAUGCCAAUAGGAUAUGACUGUCUUCGUCUCGUUGCUGCCAUGAAAAGCAUUCUGCUUGUUCAUUUCCCGUGUAUCUAGGCAUUCGUAGGCUUAUAGCCGUUCUGUUUGUAUUUUGAGAUGUACUUGGUCUUGGUCCAGUUGUUCCUUUUCUGAGCUAUAUUAUGCUGAAUGCUAAGGUUUGAACAUGUCAUCAUUUCGUGUA